GCAGCGGAAGAGGAAAUGGCUUUUCCUAAUCAGCUCUGCAUUCGCCGCUGGACUACCAAGCAUGUAGCUGUUUGGCUGAAGGAUGAAGGCUUUUUUGAGUAUGUGGACAUUUUAUGCAAUAAGCACCGACUUGAUGGAAUCACAUUGCUAACGUUGACUGAAUAUGAUCUCCGGUCUCCUCCUCUGGAAAUCAAAGUCUUAGGGGACAUUAAAAGGUUAAUGCUGUCAGUCCGAAAAUUGCAGAAAAUACAUAUUGAUGUUUUAGAAGAGAUGGGAUACAACAGUGACAGUCCCAUGAGUUCCAUGAGCCCUUUCAUUAGUGCUCUUCAGAAUGCAGAGUGGCUCUGUAAUGGGGAACCUUCACACGACUGUGACGGACCCAUCACUGAUUUGAAUUCUGAUCAAUACCAGUAUGUGAAUGGUAAAAACAAACAUUCUAUUCGAAGAUUGGACCCAGAGUAUUGGAAGACCAUAUUGAGUUGUAUAUAUGUUUUUAUAGUGUUCGGAUUUACAUCUUUCAUAAUGGUUAUAGUCCACGAGCGAGUGCCUGACAUGCAGACCUAUCCACCACUCCCGGAUAUAUUCUUAGACAGCGUUCCUAGAAUUCCAUGGGCCUUUGCCAUGACAGAAGUAUGUGGCAUGAUUCUGUGCUAUAUUUGGCUCCUGGUUCUUCUUCUUCACAAGCACAGAUCACCUGCUGUGGGAGAAGCCAGGGGCCAUGUCAUGAGGAUGCUCAAGCAGCUGCCCUAUGGAAAAAGCCAUAUGAUCACCUCUCCUCGCGGCCUCGCCAUGGCGACCUCCGGACAGACCUGCCCGCGGCCAAUGUGUAUUCCUCCAUCAUAUGCUGACCUUGGCAAAGCUGCCAGAGAUAUAUUCAACAAAGGAUUUGGUUUUGGGUUGGUGAAAUUGGAUGUGAAAACAAAGUCAUGCAGUGGCGUGGAAUUCUCAACAUCUGGUUCAUCUAAUACAGACACUGGUAAAGUUACCGGGACCUUGGAGACCAAAUAUAAAUGGUGUGAGUAUGGUCUGACUUUCACAGAAAAGUGGAACACUGAUAAUACUCUGGGAACAGAAAUCGCUAUUGAAGACCAGAUUUGUCAAGGUUUGAAACUGACAUUUGAUACCACCUUUUCACCAAACACGGGAAAGAAAAGUGGUAAAAUCAAGUCUUCUUACAAGAGGGAAUGUAUGAACCUUGGUUGUGAUGUUGACUUUGAUUUUGCUGGACCUGCAAUCCACGGUUCAGCAGUCUUUUGUUAUGAGGGCUGGCUUGCUGGGUACCAGAUGACCUUUGACAGUGCCAAAUCAAAGCUGACAAGAAAUAACUUUGCAGUGGGCUACAGGACUGGGGACUUCCAGCUACACACUAAUGUCAAUGAUGGGACAGAAUUUGGAGGAUCAAUUUAUCAGAAAGUAUGUGAAGAUCUUGACACUUCAGUAAACCUUGCUUGGACAUCAGGAACCAACUGUACUCGCUUUGGCAUUGCAGCUAAAUAUCAGUUGGAUCCCACUGCUUCCAUUUCUGCAAAAGUCAACAAUUCUAGUUUAAUUGGAGUGGGCUACACUCAGACUCUGAGGCCUGGUGUGAAGCUUACACUGUCUGCUCUGGUAGAUGGGAAGAGCAUUAAUGCUGGAGGCCACAAACUUGGGCUUGCCCUGGAGCUGGAGGCUUAAUCCAGCUGAAAGAAACCUCUGGGAAUGGACAUCAGAAGAUUUGGCCUUAAUAUAUUUCCAGUGUGACCAGCAGGCUUCCCCCCCACCCCCACCCAAGAAGGUGAUCAAAACAAA